AUGGGCCAGUAUACGGAAACAGAAGUCAAUCAAGCUCUCAAUGCAGUUGCAAGUGGGCAGAGUGUCCGAAAGGCAGCUCAUGAUGCUGGAAUUCCACCAUCAACCCUCCAGUCUCGAUUAAAGGGUUCACAGGCAAGAAAUGUAGCUUUCUCUAGCUUCCAGAAGCUAUCUCCAGCACAGGAAAGUCACUUAGCUGAAUGGGUGCGUAUCCAGGCGGCGUUAGGGCUGCCGCCAACACAUCAACAACUCAAGGAAUUUGCCCAGCGAAUCCUAGACAUCAGAGGCACUACCCAGCCACUUGGGAGAAACUGGAUGUUACGACCCGACAGUUAA